ACAUUAAUGAGGAAGGGCCCUACAUCUUCUUUAGCCGAUGUGCUUCAUAUAUAGACCCCAGACUACACACAGACCCUCAUCAUCACACAGCUGUCCUUCAGAGAUGCAGAGAGAGACAGACAUGCUGCUGGUCAGGAGAAAAUACAAGAGAUACUCCAAACAGAAGAUGACCUACCUGGGUCUGAUCGCGUAUGUCAUUCAAAAUGCGCCUCAGAAGAAAUUAACGUUUCACGAGUUAAUGAAUGCGGUGAAGACAUUUGUGGAUGGCGACAGAAAAGGUCUCGAAAAUAAUAUCAGAGUCUGUUUAUCAUCAAACAGCUGUUUUGUAAAGGUUCCUGUAAAUCCAGAGUGUCCAAAUGGAAAACGCAACUUCUGGAAAGUGGAUGAUAGUAAAAUCACCCCAAAGAUACUGCGGCGACACUUCCGCGGUUUGCGCGAUGUCUUCCCAAACUUUUGUGAAACCAUGGAAAGUCCCUCACUUGAGAAUGCGACGGAAAACAGCGCGACCUGCAAACACCCCGAGGGAGAAAAGAAGUUCACCAGCCCGUUUUCCAUAGAGUCACUUCUGCAGCGGGAAAGCAGCGCCACCGCGAGGCACAGACCGGUACUUUGUGCAACAAGGAGCCCGGAAAACGGGUUUGUGGGCCUCGCAUAUGGAGACCGCGGUUUAGCGUGCAAAUGGAAAACAUGGGACUGGUCCAAUUACACUGCGUACGCCUGUUUCAGUAAAUCAUUCUCACACUUUUAUUUCCCUACUUACAGUUUAGGCCAAAUGGAUGAUAGAUGUAGUCUCUCCGAUGGACCCUCCAAGAGGAUGCGCUCAGUCUCUGAACUGUCCUGUUACUGUACAGUACCUGAGAGCAUUAGGCAGUUCAACCAGGGCCUACAUGUAAAACGGCACUUACUGUAACAUAAAAAUACUUUUCUUAGUUUUCAUAUACAUCUUACUGAUUUACGUUGCAUUGUUAAAAAUAUCUGACAGCUGAAUAUAUUGCCAAAUAAAUCUAAAUUGAAGCGUGCUGUGGG